AUGGCGGCGCCAUCUGAUCUAUACCGUCGGCCGAUGGGAGGGGGAAUAUUGGAACGCCACGCCCCUCGUUCGCCCAAUCACGUCGCAGGAAUGAACAGCCUUCACCCCGCCCACAAACGCGGAGCACAAUUGUCUCCUGGUGGACGGCAUUCACCGGGUUCGGACACAAUGAAUUCAAACCCUGGGCAUCAAAAUCAGGGAAAUCCGAAUGACCCGAACCUUCGUCGGUAUCGAACAGCGUUCACUCGAGACCAGAUUGGGCGAUUAGAAAAGGAAUUUGUCAAAGAAAACUACAUCAGUCGACCACGGCGAUGCGAAUUGGCAAAUGAACUCAAUUUGCCCGAAUCUACUAUCAAGGAUGCGUCAUGUUCUCGAUUGUCCAUUUUCCGGCGCGGAAAAUUGAAUCGAGACCCAGGGAAAAGAGAUUUCCAUGAUCUGAAUUGA